AUGGAUGAAAACAUUGAUAACAAUGUUGCCGUUCUCGCUAUGUUGGACAAUCAAUCCACCACAUACAAACCUAAUUUACCUAUAACAAACUAUAAUCACAGUCACACAAUGACUCGAGAGGAAUCCGAAGUAAAUGAAACUAAUAAACAAAAUGUAAUUUGGACUAAAAAUGCAACACUUAUGCUCUUGAGCUUGUAUGAAACAAAAAUGCACAUGUUGGACAACCCAAAAAAGAAAUCCAAAAUGUGGAUAUCAAUGGCAGAAGAAUUAAAAGCAUUAAAUGUUGAGGUAACUCCAGAUCAAGUCCGGUGGAAAAUAAAUGCUCUAACUAAAAAAUAUAAAGAUUGCAUUGACAGUGGACAAGGUGCCAUGGCAUUCAAAUUUUUUAAUGAAAUGCAUCAGAUACUGGGGCAAUAUACUGAUAAUUCAGGAUCAUACAGAUUAGCAUCAGGUGUUAUGCAUGGCCAAGAUGAGUUAGAUAAAGAUAAAAAAGGGCAGGAAGAACAGAAACAUAUAAGAGAUGAACGAUACGAAAGAAAUUUAAGGUUACGGGAAGAAGAAUUACAACUGAGGAAGAAAGAAUUAGAAAUUAAACAAACACUAGCAUUAAAGAAAUUGCAACUAAAGGAAAAAAAACAAGAAGAAAUGCUAAAAAUUGAACAAGAGAAAUGUGCUCUUCUGAGAAAAUUAUUAGGAAUACAAGAUGUUUUAUCACAGUAA